UAACCUCUUAAUCCGCAUGAAGUAUUAAACUAUCAAAGGCUGCAUUUUACACUCUUCUUCGAUUUUGGCUGCUUCUCUGAUUACUUCAAUUUCGGCGACUUUUGUUCUUAAUUCCGAAGUGUGAGUGAUUUUAUCGUGUAUAAGCUUAAUCGGAAACCUAGGGACUGUAGGGAGUAAUAGUUUGGGUCAUUUGUUUAGUGGAAAUUUGAGUUUUUGAUUGUAUGGAGAAAGUUGAUAUGAAGGAAUUGUGUCCUUGUCAAGAUAAGGAAAGGUAUCAUGAGCUUGGUAGUGCAUUGGAAGGAUGUGUUCAUUUCAAUGAAGAUUAUAAAAUGUUGUUGUUAUAUAUAGAGCAGGGUAGAAUUGCCUAUGGUGGUUAUAACCCUAGGCCUACUUCUACUGAUGUUGAAGAUGGGAUUUUAAGUAAAAAGCGAGGAAAUGAGGAUAGGGAUUUAGACAAUAGGAAGCAAAGAAUUGAUAUGGAGAUUGUACCUGGUAACGAGCAGACAAUGAAAGAUGGGAUCUUGAGUAACAGGCGAGGAAACGAAGAUAGGGGCUUAGAUAAUAGGAAUCAUAGAAUUGAUAUGGAGAUUGUACCUGGUAAGGAGCAGAAGAUAAAAGAUGGGAUUUUGAGUAAGAAGCAACUAAACAAGGAUAGGGAUUUAGACAGUAGGAAUCAUAGAAUUGAUGUGAAUAUUUUACCUGGUAAGGAGCAGACAAUGAAAGAUGGGAUUUUGAGUAAGAAGCAACAAAACGAGGAUAGGGAUUUAGACAAUAGGAAGCAAAGAAUUGAUGUGAAUAUUAUACCUGGUAUGGAGCAGAGGACUCAGAAUGAUAGCAAACUCAUGGAUGCGGAAGUAAAAAUUGAACCUCAAGAAGAUUCUGAUUCUAUUAAGGAGGCAGAAUCUGAAAGUGAAGUAGAAAUCCUUGAGAAUGUAGGUACAGAGGUAGGUUGGGGCAGUAGCUCUAACCCCUUUGUACCUUCAGUGGAACGUUGCCUGAAUCUGGAUGCAACAAUCAUAGAUUCUAGGUACAGGAAGGAGGUUUUGAAUUUAUUGAUGACGCCCUACAAUGGAGAGGAGUAUAAGAAGCUCUGGAAAGACAUUAGGAUGCGAUUACCAUCUAGCUCAAGAAAUGGACGUGGGAAAUCCCUUCUAUCACUCCAUAAAGGUGUCAAACAGGAAAUCAAAAGGGUCGGUCCUGACAAAGAUAAAAAGUUGAACAUCAUGCGUGGAUUUUUCUUUUGGUUAGAGCAUCUAACUCAGCAAGAUGCAUUCCAGCCUUGGGAGGAUGCAGAAUGUCUCCAGACGCUGCCUGGAUCUCCUUAGAAGCUGUUACUUUUUCCCAUUCCCGAAUGUCAAUGUGUGCCAUAAAAACAAGCAAUGGAAGAAAACCAACAACAAUUAUUAUGCCGCAGUCCCAAAUAAGUUAGGGUCAGCUAUAUGAAUCCUCAUUGACCAUGUUUCCUUAUUUAAGCUCAACUCAUGUCGUAUCAUUGUACCGUUAGUAGAAGAAACCCAAAGAUUAAUAUUUCAAUUACUGGUAGAUAACAUUUGUAUUGUGUAUGAUCCAUUUGGGAAAAGUUUUCAAGACAGACAGAGAAGGUGAAAGUUUCUUAUACAUUGUUACAA